GUGUGCUUUAAAAUGAAAACCAAAUUUGAUACAAUUAUAAAAAAUACAACAACAGAACGUAAUAACAGCACGUUUUUGCUGAAAGAAAAAUAUGAUUCCUUAAUAAGUGAAGUGAAACGUAUUAAAACAGGAAAAAAAGAAUCGCCACGUGAUUAUUGGUUAGUACAACGGUAUGAUGUGAUAGAAGUGCAAGGUAAUGAAAAACUUAUACGUCCAAUGAAAGAAAAUUCUGAUAUUAUAUUUUACGUCCACGACGAAGAAUUAUAUGAUAUUUUACUUAACAUUCACCUAUCUAUUGGACAUGGUGGUAGAGACAGAAUGAUGUAUGAACUCAAAAAAAAAUAUAAAAAUAUUACUCAAUCAAACGUCAAAAUUUUUUUAAAUUUAUGUGAAUCAUGUGUAAAAAAACAAAAAAGUGAAAAAAAAGGUAUCGUGACAAAUCCUAUGAUUUUUUCUGAAUUAAAUAGUAGAUGUCAAUUAGAUCUUAUUGAUUAUCAAAGUCAAGCUGAUGGUGAAUAUAAAUUUGUGUUGGUGUAUCAAGAUCAUUUGACUAAAUUUUGUAUUAUAAAACCAUUAAAAUCGAAAAGAGCUGAAGAAGUAGCAUAUUGUCUCAUAGAUAUUUUUACGGUGUUCGGUGCUCCAAGUGUACUACAAAGUGACAACGGUCGUGAAUUCAGAAACCAAACAAUAGAUUCAUUAAAAGAAAUGUGGCCUGAAUUAUCUAUUAUUCAUGGCAAACCUCGCCACAGUCAGUCCCAAGGAUCAGUGGAGAGGGCAAAUCAAGAUAUAGAGAAUAUGAUAAUUACCUGGAUGAAGGACAACAACACAACAAAAUGGAGUGAAGGGCUAAGGUUUAUUCAAUUUAUGAAAAAUAAAGCUUUUCAUAGGGGGAUAGGACGAAGUCCUUAUGAAGCUAUGUUCGGAUGUUCCCCAAAAGUAGGAAUUUCUUCAAAUACUCCAGACAAUAUUUUGAAAGUUUUGAAUACAGACAAAAGUUUAAAUAAUAAAAUUAACAAAGAUUUAGAGAAAAAUAACUGUAAAAUAUGCAAACAUAUAUUUAUGGAAAAUGAAGGGAAUACCGAGGAAGAAUUGUGUCAACUUUGCAUAAAUAAAGAAAAUAUUUCCAAUAAAAGAGAAGAAGCAAAAAAAAUGCUUAGAACGUCAAGCUAAAAGAAUGAAAC